CAUUGCAUUGGUGUGACACAACACAAUUGUAGAUUUUUUGCAUAAACUGUAAGGAACCCAAACAUGGCAACUAGUAACACUUGUUUGACCUUGACAAUCUUGGUUGUUUUUGGAACAUUAUUAUACAACACAAAUCAAGUUUCAGGUCAAUGUGGAGGAAGCCUUCCAGCACUUAUAUCAGAAUGUUCAAAGUUUGUUCAGAAAUCAGGACCAAAGAUUGCACCAUCACCAGGGUGUUGUGCAGCCAUUAGAAGCUUUGAUGUCCCAUGUGCUUGCAAACUCAUCACUAAAGAAGCUGAAAAGUUUGUGAGUGUUCCAAAGGCAAUAUCUGUUGCAAGGUCUUGUGGAGUGAAGCUUCCAGCAGGAAUGCAAUGUGGAUCUAUUAGAAUCCCACCGAAAGCCAUAUGAAGUGAUCAACGAAUUGAAAACGCAGCUUUUGUAUUGGCAAUAAAGCACUUUCCAUUUUAUGUAAAGACACAAAUAAAUAACUAAAUAAAUAAUUCUCCAUAUCACAUUGUUAUGUGUUCAUGGUAGAACUGUGUCUAAUGGAAUGUAUGGAAAUUGUUAGUGCAUGUAUGAUCUAAUAUCUUUUUUUUAUAUGUAAGUUGUAUAAUCGAAGAUCGAAUUUAAAAGUUUUAUAUCAUGCGUCAGUGUGUCACUCUCUCAAUUAAUUAUUUUAGCUCUCAUACACAAGAAUAAAAAUAGGCAUACGUUCAUCUCUGCAA